AGUUCGGGAGAUUGUUCAUGUUACAUCAGAUAGGCGAAUGCCAUGAUUGUGCAGUCAGGGACUCAGGGGAGGGUCGCAACGGAGCGGAUGGGAGCGGAUGGCAUCAGAGACGCAAAGAAGGAUAAAGAGGGCGUCAACGGCCGCUGCUUUGGCCUCGGGCUCUCUCUCUUGCGCCUCAGCAACCGACACACAGUCAGCUCAAGCUUCUGGUCUAUCUUUCAUCGCCACACGGCGUAGGACCAAUCACACUCAUUAAAUCAUCUCUUUGCAUAUCCUUCCAUCAUGCACUUCAAGUUGAUAGCCUCGUCGUGGGCCUCUUUGGCCCUCCUGGCUGCCGUUCAGGCUGCUUCGCAGACGUGCGACAUUGUCAACAACCAGCGGGCCAGCAUCCAGUCCUUGUCUAAGAAUGACGGUGACUACAAGACAGAACAGGACCACUACUGGUCCACGGCCUGUGGCGAUCUCAAGCCGUCGUGCAUCCUGAAGCCCAAGGACGCGCAGGAGCUGUCGUUUAUCAUGCAGACCCUGCAGGCUAACAACGAGACCUUUGCCGUCAAGUCGGGCGGCCACAACCCAAACAACUACUUUGCAAGUGUCCAGGACGGCCCUCUCAUCUCCACCACGGCCCUGAACCCCGGGGUCGUGUACAACGCCGAGAACAACACCGUCACCGUUGGCCCCGGUAACCGUUGGGACGACGUCAUGGGUGCCCUCGACGGCAAGAACGUCACCGUCGUCGGCGGCCGCAUCGGCAACGUGGGCGUGGGCGGCUACCUCCUGGGCGGCGGCCUCGGCUUCCUCAGCACGCAGUACGGCUGGGCGGCCAACCAGAUCGUCGAGGCCGAGGUGGUGCUGGCCAACGGCACCAUCGUCACGGCGUCGGAGUCGGCCAACCCGCAGCUCCUCAUGGCCCUGCGCGGCGGCGGCAACAACUUUGGCAUCGUGACAAAGUUCGUCCUCAAGGCCUACCCGAUCGGCCAGGUCUGGGGCGGCAACAUGGUGUUUGGCGCGUCCAAGACGGACGAGAUCCUGGCUGCCGUCCGGGACUUUACCGAGAACUACGACAAGUACCCCAAGGCCGCCAUCAUCGCCACGGCCGAGCUCACGGCCCUCAACGCCGCCAAGAUCUGGACGCUCUUCCUUUUCUACGACGGCGAGUCUCCCCCCGCCGGCAUCUUUGACAAAUUCCUCGCCGCCAAGCCCACCAUCAACAACUGCAAGUCCCGGUCCUACGCCGACCUCCUGUCGUACAACAACUGGGCCGUCCUGCACGGGUCGCGCUACGUCAUCGCCACCGAGACGACCCCUCUCCCCUCGGCGGCCGACGGCCAGCGCGUCAUGCGCUCCUACUACGACCACUGGUUCAAGACGUCCGAGCCGCGGGCCAUCACCCCGGGCAGCGUGGCGUCGAUGGCGUUCCAGCCCAUCCCCAAGAGCAUGGCGCGGAUCGCGCGCGACAAGGGCGGCGACCUGAUCGACCUGGACGACUCGACGGACCGCAUCAUCUUUGAGUUCAACUACUCGUACUGGUUCAGCAUCAGCGACAAGAACGUCGCCUCCACGACGGCCACGCUCGUCGACGGCAUGAAGAGCCUGGUCGACGGCUACGUCGCCGACGGCACCCUGCCCGACGCCUACAGGCCGCUCUUCAUGAACGACGCCCACCACACCCAGGACUACUGGGGUCGCCUGCGGCCGGAGAAGAGGCAGCUCGCCGCCGACGUCCGCGCGCAGGUGGACCCGCAAAACAUCUUUGCCCAGCGCACGGGCGGCAUCAAGCUGUGAAAGGGUGGUGGGUGGUAUUUUCCCUUCCCCCUUCAACCUUGAUAAUGAUUUUCUUCUUCUCCACACGUACAAAAGAAAGUCCCCGCGCGGGGGAUGGCUAGUCAGCUUUUAGUGUGUUUUGUUCUCAGUUUAGAUAUCAAUGUCGCGCUAGACCUGUAUAAAGGAUUUAAUAAAGUAAUUUCG